AUGCACCGCUCGGGCACGUUCCCCGUCUCCACGCUCGACGGCGACGGCGACGUGAGCCCCUCCCACGACUUUCCGCGCAACUUCCCCCGCAGCCACAGCAGCGCCGUCCCCGCCGCCCUCCGCACGGCGUACGACUCGAUCGACUCCGACGACCCCUUCCGCCACGCCGCCACCCCCCCCGCGUCGCUCCCGCGCCACCGUCACCACUCUCCGCGCCACGCGCACCCCCACCAGCAGCAGCAGCACGGCGCGAUCGCCCCCCGCCACGUGUCGUAUCAGGCCGGGCUCACCUCGUCGCUCCGCCCGCACAGCCACGGCCUGCGCGACGACGGGGGAGGGGGAGCGGCACGCUUCGCGCAGGACGCGCAGCACCAGCGCUCCCUCGCCGCGGGGCUAAGCCUUUCGCCGCACAGCCUCUCCCCCCAUGGGCUCUCCCCGCACGACGGCGGGCUUGGCGGAGGCCCGUUGGGGGACUUCUUUGACGAGGGCGCGGAGGACGCGCGGGGCGGCUUACGGGGGCACGCGCAGCUGGCGGGGCGGGAUGUGGGGCAUCUGCACGCGGGGAGCCUGGCGCUGGACGCGGAGAGGGGGGGAUUCGGGGCGCUAGGGGAAGGCGGAGGGCGGCAUGAGGGCAGAGGCAGGGUGUGGGCGCGCACGCUGAGCCACCAGGCGGCGGACCUGAGCAGCAGCAGCAGCAGCAGCAGCGGGGCAGUCAGGGGGCGGCACCUGGUGGGCGCGCAAUGGCUGGGCCUGGACCGCAGUUCAUCAGGCUUCGAUGACACCGACAUUCUCGCCACCAAUGCCGUGCUGCCACGUGUCAACAGCCUGACAGUGAACGGCAGUGGCCUGUUUGACUCGGACGACCUGCUGGACCUGCGCCACCCCCCCACGGGGCUGGGGGGGGGCGCCACGGGGCUGGGGGGGGGCGCCAUGGGGUUGGGGCGGGAUGGCGCAGGGCUGGGGGGGGCGCGGGACAGGGGCGCGGACAUGGACAGUGCCUUGGGCAUUGGAGGGGCGCUUGGGCUCGCCAGGCCGUAUGGGCGCGAGAAUGGGGGCGCGGGUGCGGGUGGCGAGGGCAUCAACCUGAAGCGCGUGCUGCGGCUGGGGGAGGCGGCGCGCAGCAACGAUGCGGACCUGGUGCACGCCAUCCUGCAGGACGCCCCCUCCCGCCACCCGCUGCUCUCCGCCCUCCACCCCGCGACGGGGCGCACGGUGCUGCAUGAGGCGGUGGUGGCGGGCAGUGUGGACGCGGCGGCAGUGCUGCUCGAGUGGGGGGCCGACCCCAACGGGGGCACCGCCACUCAGCAGGAGGGCUUCUCGCCACCGCUGCUGUGGGCGGUGCAGGCGGGCAACGAGGAGCUGGUGCGGCUGCUGCUCACCAACGGCGCGGACAUCAACGCCACCGACGCCCACCGCUGCUCCGCGCUGCACUACGCCUGCAGCACCGGCCACAGGGGGAUAAUAAAGCUGCUGCUGGUGGCGGGGGCCAACAUGUAUGCGCGCAACAGCGACGGGCUGGUGGCGCAGCAGCUCACAUCAUCGGAGCGCAUCCGGGCGCUCUUCCGCAAGCUGCAUGAGUAUCACCUGCGCUCCACUGGGGGGGGGGCUCACACGGACCACACGGGCAGCAACAGCGGUGGCAGUGGCGGGCUGUUCUCGGCGGCGUGGGAGAGCGCCCGCCGCGUGGACACCACUGACAGCCCCGCCGCGUCCCCCGCCCUCUCGCCCUCGCUGCUGCCCUCCUCGCGCUCCGCUGCCUCCCCCACCCACCACGGCGCUGAGCCCGACGGUGCUGCUGGCAGGCUGGCGAGUGCAGGCGGCGUUGGGGGGGCAGGAGGGCUCAGAGGCGCGGGGGGAGGGGGAGGCAUGGGCGCAGCAGGGAGGAGGGUUGGCGGCAGCCUGGGUGGGCGCGCGCUGGACGGCGCUGCUGACAGGGCGGUGGCGGCGGGGGCAGCAGGGGCAGCAGUGGGCAGGCGGCACGGGGGCAGCGAUGUGGAAGGCGGUGCAGUGCGGUUGCGGCGGGUGCGAGUACCGGGGAGCAGCAGUGUGGGCGGCAUGAUGAGCGACGGCGGCGGUGCGGGCGAGUCACGGCUGGGGCGCGCAGCUGGCAGGGGCGCUGGUGGCGUGGCCAGGGGGGGUGGGGGGGGAAGGGGUGGGGCGGAGGGGCGAGGGAGAGGGGCGGAGGGUGGUGGCCGGCGGGGAGGGAUGGUGCGCACACAGUCUCUGAGCGCCCAGGCCAUGAGUGCGGGCGAUGCGGUGGAGCGCGGUGGCAUGGGUGGCGAGGGAGCUGUGCGCGGUGACAGUGGCAUGAAAAGCCCCUCUGGCAGCAGCCGACAGGGCGUGCAGCAGCAGCAGCGAGGGGUGGUGAGUCCGCGAGAAGAGGAGCGGCAUGGCGGUGAGAAGCCCGCGAGUGAUGGCGGCGGAGAGGGCUGGUCGGAGGCAGGGGGACAUGCAGCACAGCCUGGGGGACAUGCAGCACAGCCUGGGGGGUCUGAGAGUGACCGCGGCGAGCAUGGGCGCGCGGGGCGCAGGGAUGCAGCUAAGGGGGUGGGCAGGCGGGUGGUGGGGAGGGGCACGUCGCAGGAGGAGAGGCAGGGGGGGAAACCAGCGCCACCACCCACACGCUUGGGGGCUGCUGACCCGCUCACUGCUGCUGCCUCCGCUGCUGGCGGUGCUGGUGGGGCGGGUGGGAGGGGAGGGCAGGGAUCAGGGGGAGUGAGGCGGGUGGGCAGCAGUGACGCGGUGGGGGAGGCAUCAGCGUCGGCGUCGGCGUCGGGUGGCCCGCGCUCCCCCCUGCCGGCGCCCUCCUCGCCGCUCACGUCACCGUCUGCCACCUCACCGCCCUCCUCCCACCCCCACCUGCGCCGUCAGGCUCUGGAAGGCCGCGGCAGGCCGGGCAGUGGCAGUGGGGGAGAGGGCGGCCAGCAGCAGCAGCAGGGCAAGGUGGGGCAGAGCGAGGGGCAUGGGCGGCAGAAGCAGGGGGGGGAGGGGGGGGACUGGCCGUGCAGCGACACGGAGGUGUCUCUGCGCGUUCGCCAGCAGCGCCGCCCGGGCCUGCGCCCCUCCGCCUCCCCUCCGCCGGACAGCAGUGCAUCGCGCAGCAGCAGGGGAGGGGCGGGCGCAGCAGGGGCAGAGGAGGGUGCAGCAGGAGCAGGUGGGGGAGGGGGUGGGCAGCGCGUUGGUGGUGGCAGGGAGGUGGUGACGGACGACGAGAGCAUGCACGCCGCCAGGGGCCCUCGCCCCGUUCCCCCCUCCCUGCGCCGCCUCGGCUCCGAGGGAAAGGAAGGGAGGGCCGGGGAGGCGGAGAAGAAGGGAGCAGUGCGACCGCCGCUGUCUCCGAAUCCAGUGGAGAAGCAUGAGGGCGGCGAUGCACAGCCUGGGCAUAUGGAGGGGAGUGGAGACGAAGCUUCAGGUGCGAGCUCAGGGGAAGGAGCUGCUGCGUCGCCUGCUGCCCCCCAAAACAUGGUCCCCUCUGCCUCUCCCAAGGUCGCUGCUCCCUAUUCUCGAAUCACCCCUUCCUCCUCCACCCCCUCCCCCUCCACUUCCACUGCUGCCUCUGCUCCGCAUGCUGGGGAGGCGGCGUGUGGAGCAGCGUCACUCAAGUGGAAGAAGGGCGAGAUGCUGGGUGAAGGUGCAUAUGGCAAGGUGUUCCUGGGGUUGAAUGAGAUGACGGGCGAGCUGAUGGCGGUGAAGGAGAUCAAGAUGACCACGCAGGGCGACGAGAAGGCCAUGCUGAUCGCAGCGCUAGAGCGGGAGAUAGUGCUGUACAAGAAGAUGCGCCACCGCCACAUCGUGGGGUACAUUGACAUGGAGAAGCACGAGGCCGACGGCUCCAUCUACAUCUUCCUUGAAUUCGUCUCAGGGGGCUCCAUCCACAGCAUGUUGGAGAAGUUUGGGGCGUUCAGCGAGUCGCUGGUGCGCGUGUACACGCGGCAGCUGCUGCUGGGGCUGGAGUACCUGCACGCGUGCCGCAUCGUGCACCGCGACAUCAAGGGCGGCAAUGUCCUCGUCGAUCGCGACGGCGUCAUCAAGCUCGCCGACUUCGGCGCCUCCAAGAGUUUCCACGAGGGCACGGUGGGCGAGGGGUGCAAGAGCAUGCGCGGGUCCGUGUUCUGGAUGGCGCCCGAGGUCAUCAAGGGCGAGGGGUACGGCCGCCGCGCUGACAUCUGGAGCGUUGGCUGCACCGUCAUUGAGAUGCUGACGGGGCGGCAUCCAUGGCCGGGGAUGGACAACACGUGGUCGGCCAUCUUCCACAUCGCCAAGACCACCACCGGCCCACCCAUCCCCGAGGGCGUGUCCACCGAGGCCACCGACUUCCUCACCGCCUGCUUCCAGCUCGACCCCAACCAGCGCCCCUCCGCCUCCCAUGUGAGCCCUGCUGCCAUGUGA